UUAGAUACUAGUGAUGAAACUUUAGUUACAAUUCCUAUUUUCAAAUUGUCACUACGAAUGGAGGAGGUCUUAUCACAUCGCCUCAAUCAAAUCGGCGCUGAUGCUGAGGCGUUCCGUUUGAAAGGCAAAGCUGAGCUUUCAAUCGACACAUCAAGCAAACGAAUUCUUCCGCCGAUUGCUCCAAUCAACUCGCCAAUUCCAAAUUUCAGAUACCGCAGAGAAAAAAAAGCAGCGGUUGCUUUUGCACAUUUAAGGAAAAAACUAAAUGAAACGAAUCAAGAUGAUGAUAACCAUUCGGAUGAUGAGGUUUCUCUUGAGAUUGUUCUUGAAGACGAGCCGAAAGCAACAACUCGAACUUCAAGUGCCGUUUCGAGUAAACAUACUGUAAAAUCUUCGACGAUUCUGAACGAGGACGAUUUUGUGAAAAAUUUGCUAGAAGAAGCAGAUAAACAGUUAAAAGACCUGAGACGUACCGAAACAACCUUAAAGUCAACGAAGAAAACCAAAACAGUCAGAAUCAAUUCAGCCUCCCCUGUGCCAAAUUUGUCGUUGAACUUGCCUGGCAACCAACCCAAUCUGUUCGACAACCAAGUACCAGAUGGUAAUAGAGAUGUUUUCUAUCACUUGAAAAGACUGCGAUCUCCGCUGAAUUUGCCGACGGAGCUGCCCAGACAUGGACCGAGUGUUCGACUUGAAUUGGAACAGCUUGAAACUAAAGAAGAAGAAAUUUUCAAGUACAACGAGGAAGACGGCAAUUUUGUGUAUUGCCUACCUAAACAUCGCAUGGACAAGAAGGCCCGUUACGAUCCCUACAACAUCGAAGUUGUCUCUCCCGAAGAGGCCAGAGGCUGCAGGGAGGUCUUCACUGCUUCCAUGUCCGCAAUCACUCUGGUCAAGUAUGCAGCAGAUGGAACCAAAAUGGUGGUGCGCACUCCAGUGCUGCGCUGGAUGUAUGAAGCUAGACUGUUCCGAUUGAUAUUCCACAAAUCAGUCUUCGUCAAAUUCCGAAUCUGGAAGACGUUCAAGUUGUGGCGAGCUAAUGUGAGAAGCAAAAAGAAAACAGAAGUUAGUGCCAAGAUCGGCCAGGAAUUGUUAACCAACGCUGAAGUUCUUCUCCUCUGUCUUCUGCAAGUGCGCAAAAUAUGCCAGAGUGCUUGUCCUAGCAACUCCUACCAGAAUCUGGGCACCACUGAAGUCUGUCUGGUUACCCUGGACCCGAAGAAGACAAUUUGGCUGGAAGAUUUUAUGGACACCCAGAAGCGGCAGUGUUCGGCAGCUCUGGAUAAACUGCUGGGAUUGAGAGAGAGUGUGGUCACCAUUGCGAAGCAGGCUUGCUUGAAAGUAGCGCAAGAUGAAGCAAGAGUACAUGGAAUUGAUCCAUCCAAUUUAUUACGUGGACAAUUCGACUUCUCUGGAAAGAGAAAACAGAACUCAUCAUCUCCCUAUACUGAACUAGCGGUGUGGAAACACAUCUUGAGAAGACUGAGUAAGUUCCUCCGACUGAUUGACAACCAACUGCUGGACCUCCUUCAACGUCUAGUGGUCAAUGCUACGUGUCAUCUCUGGCACCACAUUGAUGGGGGACUAGAAAAUGUGCGGAGACGUCUGGAACACGCUGCAGAGGUUAGGGGUAACAUAUAA